GCUGAAGCACAACUGACUCAAACAGGGAAAACAUAGGGAAGGAUUACGCAAAUAACUUCAGCCUUGCUGCAGCUGAAACCCGUAUGGCGGGGUGUGUGUAUAUAUGUUGUGGAGAAGUCACGGGAGCACACAACAAGCACAGCUGCCUCAGAGCCACUCCAAUAUGAAGUCUACGUUGCUGUUCGUGGUGUUACUGCUGGCUAUGUCUGCCGCCCUCGCAGGUCCAGCGCCUGGCUUCGGCAAGAAGGGUGGUGGCUUUGGUAAAUCUGGUGGCUUUGGUGGUUUUGGUGGUUUUGGUGGCUUUGGCGGCCUUGGUGGCUUUGGUGGCUUUGGCAAAAAAGGCGGCGGUGUCUUCCCGGGCAAUGGCUUCUUGGGUCCUCCUCCCGUCCAGCCGAUCUACCAGGGAAGUCCAUGCAGCGGCUUUGGGCGAUAGACUGCUCCUUGAGUAUUAUGUAAAAAUUACAAAACUAUCUUUCCACAAUAAAAUAUCAUCACAUUAGUUACAUCUGUAUUCCCUUGCCUAACAACAUUUAACUAACCAUCAAAAAAAGCAUUUUCCCAGAGUGUGACUCUCACAAGACAAAUAAAGGACAACAAGACCGAGGUUACCAAACAAUGUCAUCCACUCCAAUCAAAUGAACUGUUACCAGUACUGCGUCAUCAACAGACUAACUACAAUGCCAGGCAUACUUGCCCUCUUAACAAUGUGAUUCACCUGUUUCCCUUCCCCCUCGAAAACAAACAACUCUUCACCCCUGCCAAUCAAACUUCGUUAUUUGUAUAUUGUGAAAACUUUCUAUAUACACAAUGUUCCUUCCUGUACAUACCAUGUUUGUAUUGAAUUAUCGUGGCAACAAUAAAC